AUGAAUGCUAACGACUUCGCACUAGACUGGACUGCCGGGGGACUGCGCGUAGCAGAUGAGCCCUUUAUUUACUAUCAACCCAGCUGUCUGCUCGGCGCCUCUCCUCGAAGCCUCGGCUGCUUCAGUGAGAUGCGUCGGGGUCGCGCGGCUUCGGUCCAGGGCAGGAGGGACGGCAGAAUCCACUCUUCUGACUCAUCUGAUGGCCUUCUCUCGCCCCGGGAUGUUGUGCUUUUCCAGGACUUGCAACCUUCCCGGCGGUAA